ACAUUUAACAUCAAUAACGCAUGGUCACCUCGACAAGCUUAUAUUUAAAGUAAAAGGUGAUGCAACGAACCAUUCAUUUGUAAGUGCAGAAAUGAUGAGAUGUUGUUUAGAAAAGUGCGGUCAUGUCUAGUCCCAAUAGGUGGCAGUGUUCUCAGGUAGAAUAUCCCACCAACAGAUCAGCUGUCCGCACACAGUCAAACACACACACACAAGCGCGGAGCGCAGGAGUGAAGCGCAGAGUUUUACCAAACAGAAAGUGGCAAAGGUCGAGAAACAGACACCGCAAUCCAGAGAAACACCACACGGACUCGUUUCAUAAGGCUUAAAGAGGCUACGACGGGAAACUGGUACGGAUAUAUUUAUAUUUUAUCAGAGUUUUGAGCAAUGCGCUGGCAGCAUGGCCAGAUGGUUCAAGGAGCACCUGGGUUUCAAAACCACCAAAGCCCCACCACCGGCGCCCCCGAAACCGGACUACCGACACUUCCACGCCACCGUAUCCAGUCCGCCCGGAUAUCACCUCCACCAGCAGCAACAAUCGCAGACGGGCACCGGGUUCAUGUCCGCUCAGCCCGAUAUUCUCACCGCGUACAAACUCCAGAAGGAACUGGACUUCGAGGAUCCGUACACGGGAGGCGGAAAUAUUCCCUUCUCCUCUGGACUUAGUUCAACGGGCUCGCCGGACGUCAAGUACGUGUCUCCGAAGCACCGGCUCAUAAAGGUGGAAGCGAUCGAGAGGAGCGGGUCGAGUUCGGGCAGCGGUAGCGGGGUAACAGCGGUGAAGUCGCCCACCUCUCCACCUGCCGAAACCGAGUCCAGCAGCAACAAACAGGAGAAGGUAAGACAGCUCACCAUCCUAGAGGACUAUGCAGACCCCUUCGAUGCAGCGGACCAGGGAGGUGGCACCCAGACGGUCACAGAAAAGCCCACAGAGGACGGUUACAUGGAGCCGUACGAGGCCCAGAAGAUGAUGGCUGAAAUCCGAGGCGGCCGUGGUUCUAAAGACGGUCUGGUACGGCAGCUACCUCUAUACGACACCCCUUAUGAGCCAGAGGAGAACGGAGGAGAGCUGGAUGGAGGCCGGUGCUCUCGGGAGAGCAGAUUACCCCAGGACGACGAGAGGCCUCCGGAGGAGUACGACCAGCCCUGGGAGUGGAAAAAAGAACGGAUAUCGAAAGCCUUCGCAGAGAUUAAAGUGAUAAAGGAUCUCCCAUGGCCUCCUCCGGUUGGGCAGCUCAACACCAGUCCUCCUAUAAUGGAGGGGGUGGAGGCUCUGCCCCAGCCGGCCCAGUCCUCACCAGGACAUAACGCCACAGCAACUGCCUGUGACCAGCUCCAACACGUGCAGUUUGACGGUGUGGAAAAGUCCAGAAUGUCGCCCACUAAAGACCUGAAGUCCCGCCCCCUCCAGCGGCACUCAAGCGGUUGCCUGGUCAACACUAAGAUGAGCUCACUGGAUCACACUGCCCCCACAGUAGGAGAGCGUAUAGACCCCUCAAUGCCCCUGGAAAGCCAGUUCUGGUAUCACGGAGCGAUUAGUCGGACUGACGCCGAGUCUCUACUGAGGCUAUGUAAAGAGGCCAGUUAUCUGGUGAGAAACAGCGAGACCAGUAAAAGUGACUUCUCCCUGUCACUCAAGAGCAGUCAAGGUUUCAUGCAUAUGAAGCUGUCUCGGACCAAAGAUAAUAAGUAUGUACUGGGCCAGAACAGCUGCCUGUUUGACAACGUGCCCGAGAUCAUCCACUUUUACUCCAGUCGCAAACUGCCAAUCAAAGGAGCCGAACACAUGUCCCUGCUUUACCCGGUGGCCAUACGGACACUAUAGUGAUAGUGACUAUAUAGUGUACAGCGAACGCAGCCAUUCCUAAAUGCUUAACAAACACUGCAGAAUGUGUCAUUGAAUGAGAAACAUGAUUGCCUUCAUCAUUUUUCAUUGUAGGUCAUAUAAGCUUGUUAUAAACGUGAAGUCUUGGCUCAUUUGGCGGAUUAAGCAUUUAUAAAUGGCUGCAUGAGACCAUCAAUAAUCUAAAGUGCUACUGAAGUCCCAAAGGCAAAAAGGGAGAUUUCUGGAAAGCCUAAUUCGUCUCGCCCGAGCUCAAUGGACUAAUGGAGCAGAACUGACCACAGGACGGAAGAAAAUGACUUCUCUGCAGCAUUACCUACUCGAACAUGCCUCCUCCCUGAUCCUAGACCUGCUCUCUCUCUCUUUUUUCACAUAAGUGGAUCUUUAGUCUUCGACCUGCACCCCCACACUUUAUCAAAUAUCUCUGCGGUUACAUACUGUAUAACACGUCAUGUCAUCUUCAUGAAAAUGUCAGUUUCUUUUCAUAAUUGGAUGAUGUCUCGCAACUGAUUUGUGACCGGUUUGUUUAUUCUAACAAUUUGUAAAUCUCAAAACACAAAUUAUUAGGGAUUCCCAGAUAAUGGAAAACCUGAAAAUUGUUAGGGAGUAUGAAAAUUGUUUUCCUGACAUUUAAGUAAAAAUCUGAAAUAUUUAGUCAAUUAAGCAUUUUUUUUUCAGAUGAGAUUUACAAAUUGGUCUGAAUGAUUCAUUAACAAAUCUCAGUUUCAGUGUUAAUUAAAAUGAUAUAUCCAGACGACUGGAAAGGUCAUGAGAAAAUGUUAGGUGUAAAAUGUGGGAACCCUUUAAGGAGGUGCAAAACACUUCACAGACCCUUUCUAUGGAAUUGGACAAGAGACAUAGCGACCAAAUAUCACUUUAAUUCUCAGAAUCUCAUCAUUUGGACUUGGUGUCAUGUUUUUGAGUCAAAAUACAAAGCCAUUUGGGUUUGGUAAAAUCAUCGAACGUCAUUAUCUUAAAACAAUACAGAAAAAGUAAAAUAAGACUGAAACUAGGUAACUAUUCCAGUUAGACCUACAGUACAUUUGUGCAUUGAACAGACAGUCCAGACUGAAUUUAAGUCAUAACUGUUGCUAUGCAUUUCUGAUCUUAGUGAAUUUUUUAAAAAUAAGUACGACAGAGUUUAUAUAGACCCUUAAAAUCACAAAAAAACAAGAAGAAUGUGCUGGUUAAAGACUGUGUGGAUGGGAAGAGAUGGGAUUUAAGUGUAUCGUAUAAUAGACGCUUGAUCUAUGCCACCCUCCUGGGGAAAACUGGAUCGCAGUGUUUCUCAAGCGUGAAAAAGGACCUUUUAAUUUAAAGGAAAAAAAUGAGUCACUUUAUACUCCAUCAGAGAUGAUCUCGAAUAAAGGGAAUGAGAUAUGCCUGUAUUGUCUACCUCAGAAAAUCAAUCCAUCCACUGAUCAAUAAGGUACAAUAACGUUGCAGAUAUCGAUUCAUUUGAUUCUGCCCAUUCUGUCUCAGAUUUCCACCAAAUUUCGCCUUUUUGGUUUUAGAAUAGCUUCUGUACCCGAACUCGAUCAAAAGCUGUCCGUCAUUUAUAUGGAAAGUCACACUGUAAUUUUGUGAUGCUCGUGACUUUUGUUGGUCAAUGCCUUAUACUGUUAAUGCAUGGUUUUAAAAAGAAAAGAAAAAAACAAGUAUGUCAAACUGAUUUACAAACGUUCUGCUCUCGAUGAAUGUUUUGUGGCUGUAAUUUAUUAUGGAGAAAAAAUACUAUUGCUGGUGUUUUAGUCCUAGGCAACUAAGACUAUAAAGUUGUUCUCGGCCAGUGGAUGUGUGUGUCUGCUGUAUGUGUGUGAUACUGGUGUGCCAUAAAUCUGACCUUACUUUGGAUUUGUCUCCCGUAUAAAGACUGAUACUCGGAUCGGUGCUCUGUUUGCCAUGGAAACCAUGAUGGACCAAUCAGAUCCCUGCCUUGUCACCUAUCUACUCAACAUACCAACGUUUUUUUCCAUUUUCAAGCAGUCAUCGGUUCUUUUUGGUUUUCGUUUCAGACUCUUUCUUUCUAAACUUCACGAUACACUGAUGAGCGCAUUUGUGGUACAGACCUUCAGAUGAAAGCUUUGUGUAUUUAAUUAUUAUCCUCAUUCUUUUAUUCCUGUAGUGUGGACGCUUGCUGUUUUCAGUCCUCUAGACUUUCUUUUCUUGCAUUUACUUUUCUUAAUGGCUUCCUUUUGGACACAUUGUUUUCUUCGCAAAAUCUUUAAAGGGACAGUUCACCCCAAAAAGUGUUGUCGUCUUUCACUCAUGUCAUUCCAAACUAUUUGUCUUUUAUUAAAAAAGAAACAGUUUUGAAGCUGUAAAUAGGACAAAAGAACCACUAUAAAGUAUAGAAAAUUAUUCUUUCCAGCUGUGUUGGCUUCAUAAAAUAAGGGCCAUACCAAAAUGUAUACAAUUGUUGAUAGCUUAUUAUUCCUGUAUAUCGUCGCUGUCCUUCUAAAACCUCGCAUGUCCACAUUCAGUUUUUCAGGAAAUGGAAAAAUCCCUGUACUUUUUCUACGAUUACAUACUGUGUUGACAAAGUUGACUAGCACUUCUGAAUACUUUUUAUUGAUUUUCCAAAACCCAAAGACAAACAUAAAGGGUGACUAAUAAUAAUGAUUUAUGGCAAAAAAUCGAGGUUUCACAAAGACAGCAGCGAUAUUCAAAAUACAGCAGACCACCACAAGUGACACAAUAGAAAAAAUAAAAUCAAUGGGUUUGGAAUGUCAUGAGAGUAUGCAAUAACAGAAUUUCUGUUUUAUUUAAUGUACUGUUCCUUUAAAAGAUUCCAAAACCUAAAUCUGAUUUGCAGUAAACCUGUAUAAAGCUCUAUUUGUUCUUACUGUAAAAUCUGCCAGACAUUGUUGAACCACAUCAUUGGAUUAUGCAGAAAUGUGAAACUAUUAAUGCUCUUGAUAACAUCUCAUUGUUAAUUGCAUCUUCCAGUAAUUCUGUAAUUAUUCAAACAAAGCUGAAGAUAACAGCUCUCAACUGCUCCAGAUCCAAUUCCCUCCGUCUCAGGGGUUCAAUGAAAAGGAGCAUCGUGUACGUGUCUUUCCUGGAAGUGCAUUUGUGUUGCUGUAGAAACGGACCCAGAGGAGAGAGAGCGCAGGAGUGACUGUUUUUAGAUGGGUCGGUGCGGAUGUCUGUCAAUAAAAACAAGCAACCUUAAGCUUUAAUAAGAAAGCAGAGAGUCCAGGUCAUUAGACUGAGGCGGUUGUGUGCUUUUCUGUGGAGGAGAAGGGAAUCAUUUUUGCCUAAAGAGGGAAGAUGAAUGUACUGUUUGAGAUAAAUGAGGAGUGUGUACUGUACUGUAUAUGAUCCAGAAGAUAGUUUAUGUUUUAUAAUUUAUCAAUAUGCUAAUGGAGGCAUGACUGUAAUGGCUUUCUUUGAGGGUGAAUAUAGAUGGCUCCGAAAAGUAUUUGGACACAUUUUUGCCUUAAAUGAAAGUGGUGUUUAUUUAAAGACAGCACAAGCAAAGUCAUCCCAAAACAUGACAUUUAUUACAAUGACCUUGCUUGGAUUUCAGACAUUUCAGAAAUUCUUUAAAGAAAAGUUAUUUGCAGAUGCCACUUUGUUUGAUCUUUCUCUAUAUAAUGCAAUGACAUUCCAGAGAUUCUAGGUGAGAUGUGAAGUGUCCAAAUAUUUUCCAAGUUCUCUGUAUAAAAGAGAUUGCAAAUACAUAAACAAGCAGUUUUAACGUAACAUUUCUAAUCAUUACAGGCAAAGACAUAAGACCAGGCAUUUUAGACAGAGAGAAAGAAGAAACCAAAAGGAAAUUAGAAGCCAUGACAUGCUGAGAGAUUGAGAAAGUAGGAGGAAAGACGGAACGUUAAAAUGAAUAGGUACAAGACCGAUAUGAGGAGAGAAGGAUGAGGGAUGGGGGGGGGCUAAGACGGAGUGAGAGAGGAGACCAAAUCUCUGUUGGCUUCAUUGUUGUCAGCACGCUUCAUUUCCACUUCACACUGUCUCUUUAGAGAUCUGCUUCUGCAUCUCUCCACCCGUGUUGACAAGCGUCCUUACAAAGAAGGUGUGUGAAUGUGUGCGUGCACUGCCUCUAUCUGUUGUGUCUGAGCUGAUUCUUUCAUACGUUUGACAUUUGUGUGAUCUGUGUGUAUUGAGUACAUUUGUGUACAUUUUCUUCCCGUGUAUGCACUAACAUAACAUAUCUGUACAGUACCUCUUCGCCAAAUGUAUAUACUGAAUGUAAUGUUUGGGGACGUGGAGUCUUUGAGAUUCUGACAAAUAAAGUUUAUGGGUCU